GCGCAUCUCUCCGCCCACCCCUCCCUUUCAAUCCCCGCCCUCGGCGUCUUUCAACGCCAACUGACGCCUUUCAACUCCACCCCGACUUUCGCUUGUAUAGAACGGCCCUGAAACGUCGAUCGACGCCGACGCGCGCUCGCCCGCCGCGUGGACCCCGAGCGCGGUCGGGAUGGAGAGCGGGAUGCCGCCGCCGCUGCGGCCGGACACGAACCGCUCGUUCGCGUUCGCCGUCGUGGAAUUCACCGUGACGGACGCCACCGCCGGCGCGCCGACGACGCUUCAGCCCGUGCUUCGACUGAACGCCACGGGCGGCGGCGGCGCGCCCACGGUUAACGACCACGCGCGGCUCGCGGACGCGGCGACGCGCGAGGGCGCGAAACACGGCGCGCUGCGCUCGCGCGUCAUCGGCGGCGGACAGCUGUGUUUCCGCGGCGGCGAGGUGAGCGAGAGCGCGGAGUACGACGACGACAGAGAGCCGAGACUCGUGGUGACCGUGCGAAACGGCGGCGGCGGAGAGAGCGGCGGGGCGCAGACGAAAUGCGCGGACUUUGAGGUCGUCGCCGCGCUCGUUCGCAGGGCGUACCCGAUGCACGACAUGCUCACGCCGGGGGCGUUCGGCGCCCCGGGCAGCGCGGACUCGAAAGUGUAUCAGUAUUGA